AUUCAUUCCCUCCUUUGCCCGGGGGCCCCCUUCCCGGCCAGACGGCGGGACAAACGGUUGGGUGUGCAGCGACUCGAACUCGUGAGCCAGAAAACAGAGCUUCUGCGCCCCAGCGACUCCAGCACACACCAUGGCGGACUCUGAGCGCCUCUCAGCUCCUGGCUGCUGGUUAGCCUGUACCAGCUUCUCUCGCACCAAAAAGGGAAUUUUCCUGUUUGCUGAGAUUAUACUGUGCCUGGUGAUUUUAAUUUGCUUCAGUGCUUCGACGUCAGCAUACUCGUCCCUGUCUGUGAUUGAGAUGAUCAUUGCUGCUGUCCUAUUUGUCUUCUACAUGUGUGACCUGCACUCCAAGAUAUCAUUCAUCAACUGGCCGUGGACUGACUUCUUCAGAGCCCUCGUGGCGGCCAUCCUCUACCUGAUCACCUCCAUUGUUGUCCUUGUAGAAGGAAAAGGCAGCUCCAAAAUUGCCGCUGGGGUACUGGGAAUAUUUGCUACAUUGCUCUUUGGCUGUGAUGCCUACUUUACCUUCCCUCUGAAGCAGCAAAGACAUACAGCAGCCCCUACUGACCCCACAGAUGGCCCGUGAUCCCCAGUCACCUGUCUCUGCUACCUGCAAAUAGCUCCUCCAUCAAAAACUUCCUCUUGCCAGAUGUGGUGGUCCGUGCCUUUAAUCCCAGCACUCAGGAGGCAGAGACGCGUGGAUCUCUGUGAGUUCGAGGCCAGCCAGAGCGACACAGUGAGACCUUGUUUCAGAAAAAAAAAAUACCUCCUCCUGUUUCUACAACACUCCCAGCCACUUCUCUGACCCCACUGAAAGUGCUUAUGGUACAGGAGAUUGAACCUGGAGCCAUCCGCAUACUAGGCGAGCACUCUCCGCUGAGCUCCAUCCCCUGUAAAAAGUGCCUUUGAUGGGACAGUUUUGUCCUCCUGGGUGUGCCUAGGUCCCGUGUCUGUGUCCGGUCCCCCCUCCCCCCCAUUGCUCUGCAGUACCAGCAGCUGACAUGAGUUCUGCUUGAACCAUCCCCCCACAUAAGCUACAAGAUGAGUGAACCCACUACAAAUUACCUUUUCUCUCUGUGGGGUGAGCUGUGAAGGGCUAAAUAAAUAAUAAACAGAUUGUUAAAAUCUA